GGACGAUGCAAAACCAGAGGUUGCCCUGGAGACGGCAAUGAAGCCUAUAAGGAGAAACAGGAGUGCAGAAGAUGAUCUGGCACUAGGAGUGGAAGCAUCUUUAUAUAGUAAACUCUCCCUCAGGACUGUACGGAGCUUUCGGAGGUAAGAACACAUCUGCUUUUCUCUUUUCACUGGCAAUAUUUUUAACUUGUUUUAAGCAUAAAUCUAACAAAAUUAAGUGAGGUUUAUUUCCUAAAACAAGAAAAAAAUGUCUUAGCCCAAUGGGGUAUGAAGAAUAACCUUUUUAAGAUUAAACUUUUCACAUUCAAGAUAUAUGCUCUGAAAACAUGUAUUAUCUUAAACAAUUUUGCUUUUAAAGGAAAUGUAUCCUGUUUGAAAGAUGUUUAGAUAGUUUUACUGUAAAACAAGUUUUAUUAGGAAAAUAGAAUUUUUUUUUAUUUUUUUUGCAGUAUUCUUAUUGGACUACUGCUGUUUUACAUGGUACUUUAAUUUGUAACUUGCAGAACUUUAAUAAACUUUAAGCUAAACGUAAGUGUCUAGCCAAUUACUAAAAAAAGAGUGAUUGAGUUAUUAUACUUGAACCAAAAUUAAACAUCCCUUAUUACUUUUAAAAUUCUUGCAUGCAUGUCCACCAGCUUUCAAUUGGACAUUCCCCCAUAUUAUAUUAUAUUAUACAGGGGCGUAGAUUCCAGGGGGGGAUAUGGGGGGGUAAGCAAGUACAACCCCCCAAUAUUUAUACCAUGAUCAGUGGAAACAUGUAAAUGCUUCACAGUGCAACCCCCCAUGAUCAAGCCAAAUCUACGCCCAUAUGUGGUACUAUACAUAAUCAUAUAACAAACUUUCCAUAUCCCAAACAACCUAUGAUGUAACAUGAAUAUACAAAGUGUAUACCUGACUUUAAUUAACAGCAAAUCUUGUGGAUGUAGGAUGGUCCUGUUGCGAAAUUUUUAACAAUUUUAAUAUAAUGUAUUGUGAUAACGUUGAUGUUUAUUGUACUCCAUACUAUCAAGGGUGUAGAUUUGGCUUGAGCAUUGUGGUGGGGGGGGUGGGUUGUACUUGCUUGUUUUGAUUAUUGGGGGAGUUACCUCCCCCCCCCCAUCACCCCUGAAAUCUACGCCCCUGGGCAUGUGUAUAUACUAUAUAUCAGCCCCGCCAGAGUGUAAACGUGUAUAUGGGUGUGAGGUGUCAUAGCCUCGUUCAGACACCUGCCAAACUUGAGUCAUAUUUCCCAUGCAAAUGCUGAUCCGGUUGUGCUGACCUGCCGCCACAUGGGCUGGUUUGCAUGAGGUGGAAUGUCACUGAUGAGGGAAUGAGGCAGGAGAAGAACUUUUCUGACCUGUGAAACUGGUCAGAAAACUGGAGAAGAACUGGAGAAACUUGGAAGUUUGAGUGGAUUGUAGGGGCAGGACAACAGUAUUUGGUUAAACAGUCUUGCAUCGGGUUUCUCGAUACAAUCUGGAGCCAGUGUGAUGGAUGUGUUAAAUAUGUUAAAAGAUGACCCUGAAGAACUGCUGCUGGAUUUGGGUUUCGGCAUCGAUGAGCCCGACAUCACGGGGAGAAUCCCGGCCCGAUUCCUCAGUUAUAAGUCCCAUGCUCGCGGCAUCAGUUUUCAGCUCUUUCUGGAAGCUCAGCAGAGCCGAAUGGACAUUGAAAACCCAGAUGUCAGGAAUCGAUUUCGACAGCUUGAGGUUCUUCAGCAGGUCACCACAACCUUCUCAUCUCUGGUUGGCCCUUCGUCUCCGGUUGCGGAUGCAGCUUCAGCUUCCCGAAUGUCUUCGGAGGCACGGGAAAGGAGGAAACGCAUGGCUAUGAUUCUGCGUAGAGCAUCCAAGAAGAGUCUCAGCCAGGCCCAGAACCAGCAAGCACUCCCUCCAGAGAACUCAGCCCAGUCUGGCAUGGAAUCCUCUGGAACUCCAACAGCAGAUAAAAGAAUCCCACCAAAACGGUCUCGGCAAAGUUUAUCUGACAACAGCGGCCUCUUUCCCUUACAAGAGGAGCAGAGUUUUAAUUUAGAAUCAGCUGAGCCCAUUUUAAUCAGCCACACAACAAGAGGAACGACAGACCUCCUAAAACUUACGUCCGAUCCCUUGUCCACCGAUGGGAGCGCACAGCAACCUGUGGAAUCUUUUGAGCUAGAGGAGAUCCAGAGCUUUGAUGAGGGCAGUGUUUCUGGGCUCUGCAGUGGCCCGGUGGAUCCUGGAGGUGAACGUUUAGGAUCUUAUGUGACACGGACAAACAGUUUUCAAUCAGACAGCAGUGGCUUCCUCGAGGAACCGUUCAUACCCGCGCUCUCUCAGCAGAACAGCCCGGGAUCUGAGCUCAUGAAGAUGCUGAAUGUGAAAUCACAAGACAGUACAGAGAGUCAAAAGAAGAGUCCAGAACAGCAAAACACUGAGGGGUCCACUGCAGAUAAACAGAACUUUGGGACUCAAUUUGGCCAUACAAUAAACUCUAGAAACACUGUUCUGAGAACAGCAGACUCUGGAACUAUUAACAACACAGUGGACUCUCAUACUGUUCUGGGAAAAGUGGAAUCAAGGACAGACUCAACACAGAUGAGCAAAACACUGACUGAAAAUGCUAAUUCAAAUUCUUUGUCACCAGACAUUAGUAAAAUUAAUGGGAAUGGUGUUUGUGCUUUAAUGUACUCUGUUCAGAUGGAUCCUGUUUGUUAUCCACCUCAAAUCUUUGACAAAUUGCACAGUCUAGAUCAACGUGUUGGUAAGCAGUGUAUGUCCUUGUUUGAUGAACUGAAAUCUGCUGAGACAAUCUCAAGUUAUAGACCUACUGAUCUUGGAACAGGUGUUGUGAAAAACGAGCUGGCCACCUUUGCAGAUCCCCAUGAGGUGGCUGAGAAAGAUCAGACCUCCGGACAUUCAGAUCAGAUCUGCGAUUUUCUGGCCUCAAACCAGGACAAAAAUGUGACAUCUAAUACCGCAUUUGGGAACGAUUCCCCAACUGCGCUCAAACGCAGAAGGGAGUCAUUUUCCAAGAAGUCCAGGUCUGAUGUGUUUACUGAUAAUGACUCAGGCACAGCACAAACACCCACCACAAAUACACCAUUCACGUCUGUGGAGACAUGUCCAGCUGACAUGUGGAACUCUAUGGAAUGUUCUAGAGGUCAUGGACGUUUCCGGACGCGAUCGAUGUCUCUGGACACGGCGUUGUCAUACGAGGAGGAGGAUCACAGAUGGGAGGGCGUGUUGUGGGCGGGAACACGGCGAUGCUUCCAUUGCGGAUCUCAGAUCGGCUACGACAACAGCUGGGCGAUACCUCAACCUGAGCUGUCCUCAAAUCUGCCUUACUCUCUGGAUGAGCUGGAGGAGAUGAUGAGGUGCAUGAGAAAGUUCCGUACUGUUCUGACAGAAAUUGAAGUGAGACUAGAGGAGGAACAAGCAUCUGUACUCAGCUCCCACAGAGAGGAAGUGGAGGAUGUUUUGAGGCUACGAGAAGCUGUCAAACAGGAAGCCGGGAUGCUCGAACAGCAGCUGUCCGAUUUAGUACAUCACUAUGACGACAGCAUCAAAAUGAAGCUGAACCGGCUCUUGGAUGAACAGUCACAGCUGUGCUCUCAGCUGCGGAUCACCCCAUCUGAAAGGUCCAGUCCUGGACUGCCCUUGACUAGGACCGUGGGCACUCAGUGCUGCCUUCUGCCGGUUACGUCCAGCCCUCAGAGAUGUGUUCACCAUCACUAUACCUGUCAUCAGAGAGCACCAUGGCAGGAUCCACACAGAUAUCAAACCCUGUGGGAGCCCAACUGCAAGCCAGACAAGCUGGACUUUGUAGCUUUUAUUAAAAGUAUAAGAAAUGCCUUGAAUCCUAACUAGGGUUUGGAAUUGAGAAAGAAAUUUCGAACUGAAUGAUUUUUAUGAAAUUCGGAUCUGUUAACGCCUCUCUGUCGAUGUGAGUGCUAUACUAAAAUGCUCUGAAAGGGCUUUAGUCCUACACAUCUGAGAUGGCAUGAGGGUGAUUAAAUAAUGAGAGAAUUUUCAUUUUUGGGUGAACUAUUCCUUUAACUCCUGUAUUUUGGCCAAAAUGAAGAUGUUGAAUGUGCACAAAUUCACCUUUCAUUUUCAGUUGUGACAAAUGAACUGGAAAAAAUUAAGUAAUUCAGUGUUGCAUGUAAGAAGUCACACAUUAGUUCUAUGAUUGAAAAAACAAACAAACGUAAUUACCCAUGACAUAUAUUUUUGCAACAACCAUUCAUCCCUGUUACAGUCAGAAUGUUUCAGGGUUGAAUGUCAGAGCAAAAAUGGUUAAUAAUGGCCUCAAGUAACAUUGUAUUUCACCACAUUAUGCACACUAAAUAUGUGUACUUUGUACCUAGAUGAAAUGAAUCUGUACAAAAAUGAUCACUAUUUUUUCCCAUAAAUAGUGUUGAGCUUGACAAUUUCGAUACUUAACCUCUGUUUGAAUGAGGAGGGCAAAAAGACAUUGCUGAUGUCAGAGCAUUUAAAGAAAAAUUCUGGGCAUAAUACAAGUAAAGCUAAAUCGACAGCAUUUGUGGCUGUUGAUUAGCAUAAAAAGAUAAUUUAGACCUGAAAACAAACUUAAAAAUCUGGGUUACAGUGAGGCACUUACAAUGGAAGUGAAUGGAGCCAAUCCGAAAAAGUUAAAAUACUCACUGUUCAACAUGAUGUAAACAAUAUGUGUGUUAACAUGAUUUUAACGAGAUAAAAUCGCUUGCUAACCUUUUCUGUGUAAAAUUAUAUCCAAUUAUACUUCUUUGUUGCCAUGAUGCCAUAAUGGCGUAAACCCUGUAAUCCCGUACAAAUUACGAUUUAAACAACUUUACAGCUCAGAUAACGCACAAGUUUUAGAAUAAUUAAUGUUAGUCGUUUCAUCAAAGAUAAUUAUUAAUUAUUAAAAUCAAUAGAACAUUGAUUAGAAUCAACAUUAGCUUAUUUGUCCUUCAAGUCAACAAUCAUCAAAUAUAACUAUCAAUUAUCAAAAUCAAUAGAAUAGUAAUAAGAAUUAAUAUUACCGGGGCACCACCCUGGAAUCAGGGACUAAUAACCAGACAGUAUAACAGUCUCAAUAUAGGAUUGUUCUCUUAGGAAAGUCGACAUCCGGAGAACAUCGACAUUCAAAAGGUAAACAAUGAAGGCUUGAAUCCGAGCACUGACAUCCCCUGCCAGCCCUUGACACAGGUGCAUGCAGAACAAUACCAAAACACUUCUCUUUAAAGUAUAACAAAGUUUAUUGAUGCAGUAAUAUCAAUUAAUAAUCAAUACAAUGCAGUCGAUAAACUUCCGACUUCCAACUACAAACUAAACAGUAACAUGAUUAGAUAUGGUAACAGAUAAGCCUAUAAUAUAUGAGAGGAGGGUAGAGGUGUGUGUGUGUGUGUGUGUGUGUAAGGAGAGAAGGAGUGCACAAAAUGGCGGGUGUGGCUCUCGUGGAGGGUGCGUCACGUGAGGUUUCCAGCCAGAGAAUGUGGCCGCGAAUGUGGGCGGAGAGACUGAUUAAUGGCGUCUGCCUGUUUAACACGUGUCUCCGCUGGUACGAUAAUUUAGGGACAAAGCUAAGCUCUAUCGCCAAGUUACCCGUUCGGCAAAUGUGUGUGCGGGUAUAUUUGUGAGGGGUCGUGUGUGUGUGUGUGUAUGCAUGUAAAGUGUGCUGUUAGUACGAGAGAGAGAACAGGGUGACGGCACCGAAGCCAGUUUAGCGAUCAUGGGAGAGAAGGCAACCAUUAGUAUUAUCACUCAGAGACGCGGUGAAUGGCUCAUAAUCCGUCCGCCACGUUCGUUGGUUCUUUAAUGGAUAAACUCAGUGUGCCGUCUCACCUGCAAUGGCGGAAAUGCAUAAACAGCCCAGCGUGGUUGGACGACAACACAGCAAAUCUCAUUCGUAGUAACAAUAAGUUACAAUAAUACCUCGAGUAUUAUUAGCAGCAAUGAGCAGAUUCAGCGGCCCGUAAACUGUACAAGCAAUAACCUUGAUACACAAGAAUAACACACUAUAAUAAUCUAUCUCUGCUCAGAUGAAAACCUCUUAUUUGGGUCACGUGAGUACGUGGGUAGAAUGUGUGUUCGUCUGUUGUUUGACUCCGACUUGGUUCCUCGCAGCUCGGGUGAUGACGGGAGGCCGUUUCCUCGCUCUGUCAGCGGGCGGUACGGCGGCUGAUUCUCGGCAGGUUGGCGGAGAAAUCAGCAAAGUCGACUCGGUUGAAGAAGGAAGAGAAAUCUUCUUCACUUCUGCAGGCAAAAGGGUGAUAUGCAGAUUGCUCAGUGGUCUCCUUCGGAUCCAUUAGCGUGCUCGGUGGAACACGGAGAAUCUCGGCUCGUCCAUUGAGGUGGAGAUUGUAUGGCCAAAGUUCAGGGGCCGGUUGCACCAGCUAUACGUACGUUAGAACUUAGCCUAGUUGUGGCGUAAAUGGGCACUAAGUCACAAUUUACGCAUUACUAAAUAUUUGAGCAUUGCACCAUUAAAUAUAGGUAGGACGUAACCCAUAGUAUAAACUAAAUAUUUACGGAAGCCUCCGACCAGGAGUAACGGAUGGAAUAAAAAAAAAGCAGACUGAUAUUUUAUGACAUCAAUGAGCUCAUGUUUUGCGUUACAGGCUUCAAUCCUUUUGACACAUAUGAAGAUGUUGACAUUUACACUCAUUUACAUUUAUGAGAGAGAGAAAAAAACAUACUUUUAAGCUGCUCUUCAGCAUGAAACCGUUCAAAAUGUGCAGUUUUUAGGGUGUGUCGCUCAGUGUCAAGUUUCAACACAUUCAAAAUAUUUAUAGGAUAUUAAAAUGAAUAAAUGUCUAUUUUUCCA